AUGUCAAGAUCACAGUCUAUUAGCUCACAAUCGAAAUCAUUGAAAAUCACAGGUGAAGAAAUAUGGAAGAAUAAAGUAGAGAAGGUUAACAGCGAGUUGUUCAAUUUGACAUACGGGUCCAUUGUUUCACAACUAUGCAUAGACUAUAAGCGUGAUUUCAAAAAAGUGAAUGAGCAAUUAUUCUCAAUGGGUUAUAAUAUUGGUAUUAGAUUGAUUGAAGAUUUCUUAGCAAGAACUGCAUUACCACGUUGCGAUACAAUGCUGCGUACAAGCGAAGUGAUAUCAAAAUGUGCGUUCAAGGUUUUUUUGAAUAUAACACCUACUGUCACCAACUGGUCCCAAAGCCAAGACACAUUUUCCCUAUUAAUUGAUGAGAAUCCCCUAAGUGACUUUGUAGAGCUUCCAAUGGAUGCCGUUAAUCAACUAUGGUAUUCCAAUAUACUUUGUGGUGUAUUAAAAGGUGCUUUAGAGAUGGUUCAACUAGAUUGCGAUGUGUGGUUUAUCUCUGAUAUAUUACGAGGGGAUCCACAGACCGAACUAAGAAUAAAAUUAAAUAAAGUCCUCAAAGAUGAAAUCCCUAUUGGGGAGGACUAA